AUGAAGCCGGGGCCGCCGCACCGCGCCGGGGCCGCCCACGGGGCCGCCGCGGGGACCGGGGCCGCCGCCGCCGCCGCCUCCGGGGCCCGCGGGCUGCUCCUGCCGCCGCUGCUGCUGCUGCUGCUCGCGGGGCGCGCCGCGGGGGCUCAGCGCUGGCGCAGUGAGAACUUCGAGCGGCCCGUGGACCUCGAAGGCUCCGGGGAUGAUGACUCCUUUCCUGAUGAUGAACUGGACGGCCUCUAUUCAGGGUCAGGCUCGGGCUACUUCGAGCAGGAGUCGGGCCUUGAGACGGCCAUGCGGUUUGGCCCUGACGUGGCCCUGGCCACGCCCACCACACCUGCGGUGCUGCCCACAGAGGACGUCCAGCCAGUGGGCUCCCCAUUUGAAGAGCUCCCCUCUGAGCAACCCAGUCCAGAGCCAGUCACCAGUCCCCCAGUGGUGACGGAGGCCCCAGAAGAGCCCAGCCAGAGAGCCACCACCAUGGCCGCCACGGCCGCUGCCGCCACCACCACCACGGAGGCCCUGACCAUGGCCACGGCCCCCACCACAGCAGCCACCACCAUCCCCAGCUCCCCCGCAGCCGCCCCGGCUACAGCCACCGCUGCGGUUGUGAGGACCACCAGCACGCGGAGGCUGCUGCCUCUCCCACUGACCACGGCCGCCACAGCCCAGGCCACCACCCCAGCGGUGCCCUCUCCGCCCACCACGGUGGCCGACUUGGACACAGAGGCCCCGACACCCAGGCUGGUCAGCACAGCUACCUCCCGGCCCAGAGCUCUUCCGCGGCCAGCCACCACCCAGGAGCCUGAUGUAAUCAAGACCAUAACCCUGCCCCUGGGGACUACCGUCCCUGGUCCCACGGAGGUGGCUCAGACCCCGACUCCCGAGUCCUUCCUCACCACGGCCCGGGAGGAGCCAGAGGUGCCGGUGAGCGGGGGGCCCAGCGGGGACUUCGAGCUGCCUGAGGAGGAGACCACACAGCCUGACGCAGCCAACGAGGUGGUGGCCGUGGAGGUCCCCGCGGCCAAGCCGUCACCUCCAUCUGGGACGCUGCCCAAGGGCGCCCGCCCUGGCCCGGGCCUUCUAGACAAUGCCAUCGACUCGGGCAGCUCCGCUGCUCAGCUCCCUCAGAAGAGCAUUCUGGAGCGGAAGGAGGUCCUCGUAGCUGUGAUUGUGGGCGGUGUGGUGGGUGCCCUGUUCGCCGCCUUCUUGGUCACGCUGCUCAUCUACCGCAUGAAGAAGAAGGAUGAGGGCAGCUACACGCUGGAGGAGCCCAAGCAGGCGAGCGUCACGUACCAGAAGCCAGACAAGCAGGAGGAGUUCUAUGCCUAGAGGAGCCACAGUGCCUCCUGCAGCCUCAACACCUCCUUCCCCUGCCCAGUCCCCAGCUGGCCCCAGCAGCCCAGGCCUGGGGUUGGGAGCCCAGCCCCAGUUCUUCUCUGCCCUCCCUGUCAAGACCUGCCCGGGCUGCCAGCAUCACACAGAUCAUCCCUGAGCAACGGGGCACUGCCACCUGCCCCAGACUGUGCCCUGACGCGCUCAUCUCUUGUUCCCACCACCACCAGCCUGGGGCUUCGGGACCUUAUGUCUGAUGGACAGGAGGAAGGAAGCUUCUGAUUGGCUGGUGGAAGCAUGGGAAGGGCUGGGAGCUGGCCCCAGGCCAUCUGCUCCCCUGCUCACCCUGCAGGGCUUGGGUAAGCUCUGCUUUCUGGGGUAGAGAGGCAGUCAGGCUGGUCAUCAGGACCAAUAUGUGGCAAACAGCUCUCAAAAUCAUCCAGACACUGAAGCCUCUUGCUCUUGUCCCAGGGCCUUUUUCUGCCUGGGUGAGAGGGUGUCCUUGAUCACCAGCCUGUCCUGGUGGCAGGACCCUUGCCCCUCUCCCUUGCCCAGUGCACAUGUACCCAGGCUGCUCCCCUCUCUCCAUUGUCCCCUGGGGAGUGGCUUCCCGAGAGCACAUGGCGGGGAGAGGCCACGCUGGCAUCUCUCCUGUGAGUGGUCUCCAUACCAUCGCCCACUUUUUACACACAUUGCCAUGUUCACACCCAAGACAGAAGCACGUGACAGGAAAUCAUAUGUAGCCCUGACUGCCCAGACAACUGAGACCAACAACCCGCACACAUCUCCUCCCGACGCAUUGCCCCAGUAGCCCUCAAACACGCAAUGCAAGCCACGAGUCAUCGUCACAAGGGGAGAUGACCACACAGGCCUCCUUCUCUGUUCCCUCCCCCCCUUUUACAUCGGAUGCUACACAUGGCGCCUCCAAACUUUCAGUCUCCCGGGGGAGGUGGAAUCAAUCUGGUGCACUCAGCCCAUAUUGGGUCACCUGGAGUUGCCCCGUUUCCACUCAAUGCCCCACCAUGAUGCCCACAC